GCCCUUCUUAGUGCACCUAUGUAGGGACUCGAGCGCUUAUGGGGAUUCAGCCAAGGAAUAACAGCUACGUUAGCAGAAUGGUUGUAGCUUCGGUUCGGACCGCGUUCUGUUUUUUUAAUUGAUUUGUAUUUAACUCUAGCAACACAUUAUUUGUAUUUAUGCAGCGAAAAGAAAGACUGUGAACGUAUGUAAGCAGUAUUAUUUUAUUGUUUUGGGUAUAUGACGUUUUAUUUGCAAGCUAAAGUGAGUUUUUUUUUUUAGCUAUGAUGUUAGCUAAGUUUAGCUAGCUAGUAAGUAAAGUGGUUUGUUGUCACAGCAUAAUUAGCUUAGCGUUUUGCCUCCCUGUGAACAGUCAACAGACAUAUUCUGCCUACAAAGGGACUGAAGAACCGAAAACAUUGCUGUAAUUUAAUAUAUACUUAGUUGUUAAUCUGAGCUUGCCAUGGAGUUCCCAGGUCAUAGCCAGCAGCUCUUGGCCAGUCUACGCUCUCAGCGUCUACAGGGAUUCCUGUGUGACUGCACAGUCAGAGUUGGAUCCACUCGUUUUCUGGCUCACCGUGCAGUACUGGCCUCCUGCUCACCGUUCUUCCACAUGUUUUACUCUGAACACCCAGUAGGCAGCAAGUCUACAGUAAACGGAGGUCCAGAGACAGACAGUGUCACCAUUAAUGGAGAUAUAGUGACCCCACCGGCAUUCGGAUUGCUCCUCGAUUUCAUGUACGACGGAGUGCUACAGUUGGCAGCACAUCCACCUCCGGAAGACGUUCUUGCUGCGGCCAGUUUUUUGCACAUGAACGAUGUGGUCCGUGUCUGUAAGAAAAGACUGCAGGGUCGCGGACUGGCUGAGGCUGACAGCACCAGGGCAGAAGAGGGAGCAAGUGAAACUGGGGGACAUGGAACAAUGUAUAGUGGGACAUCUAGGGAAGGAAGGUCAAAUGGCGAAAGGGAAACAGUGGAAAGUGGACAAGGAGCCAUCAGGGUUUCAGCAUCACAUCCAGCCUUGUCUCCCUCAAUAACACAGUGUCCCCAGUCAAGCCAGCAUUCAGCAUCUCACACUGACACUAAAGUAGAGACAAACGUGGGAGUACCUAACUGCAUCACACACAGCAUUAAUCUAGGAAGUCCCGACAUGGCAGACACUACUCAACCAGGCAUGGACUCUCUUUCAGCAGUAAAUGAUUCCGGUCCAGGCUUGUACUGUUCUUCUCCUGGAUCUGCUCGGGCUGGGAUGUCAGCAGCUGCUAAUAUGGAGUCUACACUUUCAAGUCCUUGCAGCACCACAGAACCAGUUCAUACAGUAACAGAGACCCUGCCCAGUGCAUCCACUGUUAUGGUUCUGGUUCCUGUGGAGCACAGACGAAAUAGAGAUUCUAUUCAAGAAUCAAGCAAUGUGUUUAGGGUUGCCACAAAUCAUCCUGGUCAAAGCAAAAAACCCACGUCAUUUCAACGUAAUGGACAAAGUGGAAGUGAUGACGUGAGACACACUGCCAGAGGUUUAAAUGACCAGCCAACGCUGCAGUCACGCUCCUGCUCUCCCACAGCCUUAUAUUCAGCUGAUAGAGAAGAUGGUAGUGAAGAGACAGCAAACGUGAAGGUGGAGGCCAUUGUAAUCUCUGAUGAAGAGCUAGAAGACAUUGAAGAUAUGCCGGUUCAGGUCAGAGAGCGAAGAAUAGAGAGUGAUUUGGAAGACAAAGAGAAUUACGAGAGAGACGUUGAGAUCACCAAUACUCACUUCAUACCUAGCCACACAUUGAUGCAGGUCCCACAUAAUCAUCAAGAGCCGCUCUCUUUUCCUUUUUCACCACAGGGUCCUAGUGCUUCCUCUUCUGACACACCCAGCUUCCCAUCUACACUCUUCACAGCAGCUUCUCAGCAAUCAGAGCAACAGACUAUCUACUUUGAGGAAUAUCACGAUUCUCUUGGGAAUUAUGUAGAGGAUGUGCCUACAUGUGCCACUUGUGGAAAGACAUUUUCUUGUGCGUAUACACUGAGAAGGCAUGCAAUAGUGCACACACGUGAGCGUCCGUAUGAAUGCCGAUACUGUUACCGGAGUUACACACAGUCAGGAGAUUUGUACAGGCACAUAAGGAAGGCACAUGAUCAAGAUUUGCCAAUGAAGCGCAGCAGGACAGAAUCUGACCCUCCUCUGUCACCACCUCUUCCUCAGCCACCUCAAACAUAACGUGGUCAGUCAUACUGCACAGAGUACUAAAGCUAUUGCAAAGGAUAAAAUUGUGCACCUGUAUUUUUGUGUUGUUUUUACAGGUUGUGUUAUCCAGUUUUGCAAAGGACUGACAUAGUUAGCCUUUAGUGUCUAAGUGAGUAUUUAACGCUAAACUUAACCUGCCACUGGAUAUCAUUAUGUCCAAAAACAGACCGUCCCAUUCAGGACGGAUCAUAAUCCAAAUCACUGUUUAGGUGCUCAGUGUAGAUACAAACAGAAUAAGAUUUUUAAAUAUUUUUAACAGAAAGUAUUGGAAUAGCAAGGCCAAUUAUUUGCUGUACACUGGAGACAUUUUGGUUUGAAUGAGCUGAUAUUUAUUUUCCUUCUAUUUACAUCUUGAUGUGAUAAACAAUGUAGGACAUGGCACCUUGUGUUUGUACCAUGGCCAUGGACAUUUUUUGAAGGGUACAAAAAUAUUAGAACUGUUUAAAAUAUCUGACUGUUGCCCAGUUGUCUCCUGUUAGAUUUAUAUUUAUUUAUUUAUAACACCUAAUAGACCUAAAUCACCUGUGAUGACUGCAUUUGUUGUUAAAAAUUAUAAUCCAGCAUGCAGACCAGAGAGCUGUCUAAAAAAAAUCAAGUCAUUUGAACUAGUUGUAUACUAACAACCAGACAGUAAACAGGACAGCCAAGGAGAACAGCAGCAGCUGAUGACAGAAACAUUACGAGAGCUGUGAUAAUAAACCCCACACAGCAGUCGGGGACACAACCAACAAUCCACCAUUCAAAAAAGACUUUGAGAGCAGAAAUAAAGAGGCCACACCACAUGAUGCAAACCACUUAUCAGCAGGUUGCAAUGAAGCUCUUAGGAAAACCAGAGAAGAUACUUAACUAUAAUGACAUAAGCUACAAAUGGUCUGAUACUUAGCUCAAUCUACCAAAGUGAUAGAAAGACCAAAAUGAUAGAGAAAGAAAGGAUCUGCUGAAGAUCCAGAACAUACAAGCUGCUCUAUAAAACAUGGUGGUGGUAGUGUCAUGGCUUGGGCUUGGAUGACUGCUUUUGGAACAGAAAGAAUGAAUAUAGAUGUUUACAGAACCUCAUUAUGAACCAAAACACACUGACAACACAAGUGCUUCAUCAGGGGAAAGUGGAAGGUUUUAGACUGGCUAAGUCAAUCAAACAGACUAUAACCCAGUUGUGCAGCAUUUCACCUCCUGAAGAGGAGACUGAAGGGAGAAACCACCCAAAACAAAUAACUGAAAGAAGCUGUGAUACAAGAUUAGAAACGCAUAACAAAAGAAGAAAUCAAUAGUUUGGUGAUGUCAGUGAGUCGCAUGCUUACUGUAGCUAUUGCAAGCAAGUGAUCUGCUACCCAAGGUGCCUUGUUCUAAUUAGUUUAACACAUCUAGAUGUAAAUGUCAGGAAAUUCUGAUUUUUUUAUAUAUGUAUUUAUGUGUGUGUGUGUGUGUAUAUAUAUAUAUAUAUAUAUAUAUAUAUAUAUAUAUAUAUAUAUAUAUAUAUACACACACACACACACACAAAAAUUGCUGGUCCAAUAUAGGGAGCAAGGUUAACACCUACAUUGAGGAACAUAAACAUUUGAAUAGCAUCUUCCCUGUAUUGCUUUAAGUAAUGUAAUGUACUGUUUUGACCGGUUUUAAAACAGCCAAAUUCCCUUCAUUGAAAACACUAUUUGGGGUAAACGGUGCACCUCACUCUGUUAUGUAAAUGUAAUAAAACUUUUAUCUAAGCUUUUUUUUUCCCAAGCACUAAAUCCAUCUACUCAGCCUGUUCUCACAGAGGAGUAGAUAAACCAGUUUCAAAUAUCUUAUGUUAAUACUGUGGUUGUUGACUAUCACUGUAUAUCAUUUAUUAUUCAUUUUGUCAUAUUAAGUAAUAACUUCAUCCUGAAAAGUGUAGCGCCUGAUCCGGAGCCUAUCCUGCAAAUGCUGGAAAAGACGUGGGAACAUACCCUGGAUACAACGCCAAGUCAUCAGUGAGAACAUCGUUUAUCACGGCAGUAGUGGGCUUGUGCAAGUCUGCAUGUAAUUAGGUCUGUCUCAUGAAAAACAUCUCAUCCACUCACUCAAUGCUUUGUGUGUAUACUCAGUUCUCUCAAAUGAGACAUUAAUGCUAAAGGGUACAGUAAAGCACUGAAAUGCUUACAUUUACCUUAUGGGUUUCUAUCUUUAACGUGAAAGCACGGUCAAACAUUUGAAUGAAUAAUGAGUUUUGCAAACAGAAAGUGUUAAAUAUACAUGGUGCAUUUAUCACAAACUUACAGCACUAUUUGUUGCAGUACAAAGUUACAGUUGAGGACUGGGCUCUAAAGAAGCUACACAUAAGCUCAUGAAAUGUAUAAUAAUGUUUGAUAAACAAUCAUUGUGAAAA